GAAUUUAGAUUUUUUGUAACCUAUACUUAUAAUAAUAAAACAGUUUCGCCUAGUAGACAUUGUCUUUAAGUUGGUAUCACGAUUUUCGAUAAAUAGAUAUUUUUCGAGAAUUGUAUUUUUGAUAAGUUUUAAGUUCAAAAAUCAUAAUUGUAAUUAUUAAAUAAUAUAACGGAAUGGACAGCCAAGUAUGCGGCGAUGGUAGAUUAUUAGAUUUAAUCGACGAGGGUUGGCGUAAAGAAAAAUUACCUAUCGAUGAUAUUUUAGUACCUGUAGCAGAACUACCAGAUCCUGAAAGUGACAAUGGUGAUUCACAUAUGACGUUAAAAGAGCUAGAACAAAAGUGGAAUAACCUAGCAUUAGGUACACUCAGCGAAAAUCAUUUGCAUUCGCCAACUCCGUCUCAUAAUUAA